CUCGGGUUCCGGUGGCGAGCGGCAGCCAUGGCUGUGCGUUACCCCAUGGCCGUCGGCCUCAAUAAAGGCCACAAGGUGACCAAGAACGUGAGCAAGCCGAGGCACAGCCGGCGCCGCGGGCGGCUGACCAAACACACCAAGUUCGUGCGGGACAUGAUCCGGGAGGUGUGCGGCUUCGCCCCCUACGAGCGCCGCGCCAUGGAGCUGCUCAAGGUCUCCAAGGACAAGCGGGCGCUCAAGUUCAUCAAGAAGAGGGUGGGCACACACAUCCGCGCCAAGAGGAAACGCGAGGAGCUGAGCAGCGUGCUGGCCGCCAUGCGCAAGGCCGCCGCCAAGAAGGACUGAGCGCCCCGCACCCCGGAAUAAAAUAAAACCAUAGAA